CUCCUUGUAAUGUCAGGCCUUAACAUAACACUGGGUUAUUUCAUCAGUGUGGGGGUAGUAUGUGGAUUUGCCAAAGGUCUGGUGACACGAUGGAGGCCACGAUGGAGCUUUCUGUCCGAGUUUAUUGCGGCUUUUGCACUUGCAGCAUGUCGUCUGGAAGUGCAAACCAUUUCUGAGAUUGGUCAGUGGGCUGGAGGCCUGGGGCAGGACGUUACCCUCACCAUGCUUUUCCUUGUCUUAACUGUCCACGGAGUCAUCAUGCAAGGAGUCACCGGAAACCCUACAGUUACUCUAAUGGGGUUUUUACAAAAAGAGACAGGAGCAGUAUCCUCUUGUCUUAGCAUGGCAGGUCAGUUCGGAGGUGCCCAGCUUGCCUUGCUCUUUGCCGGGUGGUACUGGGCGAUGGAGCUCACGGACAUGCAUAUGAUCAAGGUCAUGAUGAUGACUCAGUGCAGUUCAUCACUGAAUGUAUCCCUGAUACAGGGGACCAUCACAGAGGUUACAAGUGCACUGGUUUUUCACCUGGUGGCCCUCAGCCUUCGCCAGAAGUCACAGCUGCUCCGGAUUCCCAUCCUCGCUCUGCUACUCACCCUCCUCCAUUACACAGGAAACAACUACACUUCUGCUUAUGUAAACCCAUCACUUGCUUAUGCACUUACGUUCAACUGUCCUGGACACACCUUCUGGGAAUAUGCUGUAGUCUACUGGCUUGGGCCCUUCAUUGGCAUGACCCUGGCCUUGCUUCUCUACAUGGGCAACAUCCCUUGGCUUUUCACCAAGAACCUGCUUUUCUCAAAAAAGGCACACCUUCGUCUUCCAAAAAAGAAAAAGACACCUGAAGAGAAGAGUUCAUGA